CUAAGCAGUGCUUGAUUGAUCAGUUAUUUAAAGCAUUUUGUACUGUUCUUGCUGGAAAAGCUCUUAGAGUGACUUAUAGAUAAAUACACAAGAGCCCCUGCUUUCAGGCUUAAACAGCCCACAAAAAGAAACUAAGGAAUUUCUGAAAUGAAGAAACUUCUGCUGCUUGAUGUUGACUGUGGUGUUGAUGAUGCUGUAGCUAUAAUGAUAGCUCUAGCAUCUCCAAGUGUUGAAGUCCUAGGGAUUACUUGCUGUUACGGAAACAGUCUGUUGGAAAAUACAUCAAGAAACACACUCCGUGUGUUACAUGUUUGUAAUAAGCUUAAGAUUCCAGUUUAUUCCGGUGCCUCUGCUGCAAUACUUGGUGGGCCUCUGCUGGAUGAAUUCUAUUAUGGUAAAGAUGGUUUGGGUGAUGUUCCAGAUCCCCAAGCUCCAGGUUUAGACCUUCUGCAGAAAGAACAUGCUGUGCUUGCAAUACUAAGAAUAGCCAAUGAACGACCAGGUCAGGUUUCUCUAGUUGCUACUGGUCCCUUGACAAAUUUAGCGCUGGCAGUGAAAAUGGACCCAUCCCUUCCUAAGAAACUUAAGAACGUGUUCAUCAUGGGAGGAAAUAUUGAAUCCAGAGGAAAUACUACAGUCUGUGGAGAAUUCAAUUUUGAAUCUGAUCCAGAAGCUGCUUACAUUGUUUUAAAUGAAUAUACCUGCCCAGUUUAUAUUGCAUCAUGGGAGUUCAUAUGUUCCUGCCCAUUGUCCUGGGAGUUCUACCAUGAAUGGAUUAAUCAGAAUACCGAGAAAGCCAAGUUUAUGAAGAAAAUAUAUGCUCAUUCUAUCGCAAAGUGUGAACAUGAAUCACAUUUUAUUACUUGCGAUUCUUAUGCUAUGGCUGCUGCCAUUGAUGAGAAUUUUGUCACCGAAGUCACCCCAGUUGGUGUAACUGUUGAGCUCAGAGGCUCACUAACCAGAGGAAUGAUGGUAGUGGACUGGAGUGACAAACUGAAAAAGGAAAACAAAGUUUUUAUAAUGAGAAAAUGUGAUCUAAUGAAGCUGGAGACACUUUUGAUGGCUGCUUUAAAAUAAAAAUGGGACACUUAAGUGAAGAGCCUUUCCUAUCUAUACUUCUGCUGUGAUGGGCUGCUUGAAAUUUAGCUCCUGCUAUGCAACCAGAGGUUUGUAUGCAAAAGCUAAAGCAGCAUCACAUGCAAGGGAAACAGUGUAAACCUGGUAAAGGUUGCCACAACUACAAUUCAGUUAGUAUUAAUCCUCUCAUAUUUAAAGUCUGUUAGCAUGCGUCUGUGAAAGAUGUAGGCUGAAACUAAACCAGACAGAGAGAAUCUUUCUUAUGUGAUAAAGCAUUUUGAUGGGCUCAUUCAUAGAAUGAAUGAAAUCACAUUCUAAUAGACAAAUUAUAUAUAUAUAUAUAUAUAUAU